AUGGUCGACAAUUCGGAAUUGCUGCUUAGCCUUGAUCAUGUCAAAUACAGAAAAUCAGGAGAUGGUCGCUCACCAAUAGGUCGUUUGAUGCUGUAUAAGGAACAUGUAGAGUGGAGAGAUAAUGCAGGGCCAGAGAUCCUGUACGUGAAGUUUAUGCAAAUCAAAGGUCAGCGUGUAUCUCCUCCUAACAAGUCGAAAGUGCAAUUACAAUUGGUUCUCCAAAAUGACGACCAAGCAACGUUUGUGUUUUUGAAUCCUGCUUUGGAUAAAGAAGGACUGACCAAGGAAAGGGAUCUGCUCAAAGAAACUCUUCAGCAAGCUCUUAUCGCACAUCGUCAGAGGGUGAACCAGCUGGCUGCAUCGAACGAAAAAGAUGUCAAACAGUCAGAAUUGAGAGAAAAGCAGCGGUUAUUAGGGGAAAACAAGCAGCUGGACCAGCUUUAUACUCACCUUGUUGCUUCGAAGCUCAUUACCGCCCAAGAAUUUUGGACAGACUAUUAUAGCUCUUCUGGUGCUGUCGAGGACAAAUCGGGUAUAAGUGGCGCUUUUCUCACCAAUAUUGUGCAACAGGAGGGUACAAAUGGGAUUAAAUUGAACUUAAAUACUGAAAUCAUACAAUCCGUGUUCAACACUUAUCCUGCUGUUGAAAAAAAGCAUUUGGAGCUUGUCCCUCAUGAAAUGACUGAAGCUCAAUUCUGGACGAAGUUUUUCCAGUCACAUUAUUUUCACCGUGAAAGAGAGGUUCUCCCCAAUCCAAAUGACCCAUUUGCGGAUUGUGUUAGGAUGGAUGAAGCUGAAAUUGAGAAGAUCCAUUCUGACGGAGUGCACCGUAAGCGAUUCGAUUUGGAUCAUCUUGAUGACAAUGUCUUGAAGGACUUUGUGAAGCCCGAGGCUACGAAAGGCGCACAGAAAAGCACUUUAGUACGUCGUUGUAACUACUUGUCGGAGAAGAUCCUGUCUGUGCUGAAGCCAUCAACGUCUACAGAUGACACAACCAGUGAAGCUCCAAAACAAUCUGGUUUUGCUGUUCUGAACCGAAUUAUUGAUGAAGACGAGAAAAGAUUGGAGUCAAGUGAGCUAGUGGAUCAGGAUGGUAAACAAGACUGUCAGAGCUUAUCAAUAAAAACCGAUCAUGGAGGAGUCAAUAGAACCUAUUCACCUGAAGAAGCUGCGAAUUACAAGGCCAUCGUCUUGACAUUGCUAGAAAGUUCUUCUGAUGAAGACAUUCUCAUUCCGGAAGAUGAAGAGAUGGAAGUAUUUGAUGUAGAGUAUGGCGAAAUGAACGGUACAGAUACAGAAGCUCGAAUAAGUGGCUCUGCUGACCCGUCGGAGUGGGGUUUGUCACCCGCCCAACUUAACGAAUUGCACGCAAUCCAUGAUGCUGUUGCGGAACUUUUGAAGCACUUUUGGAUGUGUUUUCCACCAGUUACUCCCGAACUUGAAGAUAAGCUGCAACGAAUGGCUCAAACCCUUCGCAGUUACGAGUCCAAUCAACUUCGCGAAGCAGAACGACGGUUUGGUAGAAUUAAUGUCGAACAUUGUUAUCAAAUGCUCACUCGUGCCCAUGCUCGAUUUCAAAUUUACUCUGAAAGGAAAUCUGCGCGGCACUGA